UUAUUUCAAAGUAAGAUACUGUAUGUCUGAUACAGGGUUUCCUGUUGAUAAUUACACGUUAAUUCCAAGGAUCAACGUGCCCUGUCUCUGAGGAUUCCUUCGUUGAUUAGCUGCGGCUACAAAAAAUGUAAGACCAAAAAGUAUUGUAAUAUACAUGUAAAAUUGUCAUCAAUAUUGUAUAAUUCUUGAUAGCAUAGACAUGCACUGUACAGGCCCAGUUUUUGUGUAGGUCAGAGUGUGGUGGUUGAGUGCGAGAUGUUGGAACUAAGGCAGCAUGUUUGAAGCCACUUUUGUCCUGUGUUUCUUGUAUAAUAAGUGUUUUAAGUGUCAUUUAAGUGAAUUGAGAUAACAGUACAGUAUAGUUCAUUUAUCAAUGAGGCCCAGUGUGUUAUCUUUAGCUCCUCCACAUUAUCUACGAUGUUUACACCUUCAGCAGUCAGUGUUGGGGUCACUGAUCAGAGUUACUGGUGUAUCAUAGCAGCCCCCUUGAAUAGUGACUUAAUUACUUCAGCACUCAGAUUCAAAAAUUAGUUUCUUUACAAGUUUUUACUUAUCCAGUACUGUAAAUGCAGUAUUACAUGUGUUUCAGUAUGUUAUAGCAGGAAAAAUGUCUGUUGUAAUAGACUUCGAUUACAUAGAGAGCAUUAUUCAUUCUCAACUGAAUGGCAUGUAUUCUACAAGACUAGAUCUUCCUGAAAACAAUCACAUAAUAACCAUGGGAGAAACUUCCACACAAAAACGCUUUGUAAGAAAGGGAGGUAAACAGGCGAAUGGCUCUAGUAUGAUAAGUUCACCUCCGACUUUAGAAGAGAAGUUGGCAGAGAAGGAAGAGAGAGAAAACAUAGUACUAUGGAGACAACCCAUAAAAACUCUUCAUUACUUCUUCAGGGAAUGUGGAAUUCUGUCUGUGGAAUACAUGAUAAAACUGUGGAACAAUAAGAAGAUUGUGUUAUUAAUAGCUAUGCUUAUAGGAGGUUAUUAUGCAGCUUACAAGACACCAGGCCCUCACCAACCGCUAUUGCAGAGAAUAGCUAAAGAGUUUUGGUGGUGUUCAUGGUGGAUAUGGCUAGGGAUAUUGUCAUCAGUUGGUCUUGGGACAGGCCUCCACACAUUUCUACUUUAUCUAGGACCUCAUAUAGCUUCAGUCACAUUGGCUGCUUAUUCCUGCAAUUCUGUUGAGUUUCCAUGUCCACCGUAUCCCGAUGACAUAUUGUGCCCAGAGGAAGAAGUAACGGGGAAAGAAAUGUCUAUCCUCACUAUUAUGGCAAAAGUUCGUCUAGAAGCAUUUAUGUGGGGUGCUGGCACUGCAUUAGGUGAACUGCCUCCAUAUUUUAUGGCUCGUGGAGCACGACUCUCUGGUUAUGAUCCUGAUGAUGAGGAAAUGGCAGAAUUUGAAGAGCUGCAGCGGUUAAAAGAAAGGCCCGAAGAUAUGUCUUUCAUUGACCGUGCUAAGCUGUCAGUGGAGAAACUUGUCGAAAGAGUGGGAUUUUUUGGUAUCCUUGCGUGCGCAUCUAUUCCAAAUCCUCUGUUUGAUCUUGCGGGCAUCACUUGUGGCCACUUCCUUGUUCCUUUCUGGACGUUCUUCGGUGCAACUCUCAUUGGGAAAGCAGUUAUAAAAAUGCACAUUCAGAAAAUGUUUGUCAUCAUAGCCUUUAAUGAAUCAUUGCUUGCCAGAGCUGUGGGGGCAUUAGCAUUUGUUCCUCUUAUAGGAAACAAGCUGGAACAGCCAUUUAAAACCUUCCUUGAGAAACAGAAGAUGAAAUUCCAUAGAAAGCCUGGAACGGGUUCAGAAAAUCAGGAUGCAGGAAAUAUUGUAGCCUGGAUUUUUGAAAAACUUAUUAUGCUGAUGAUUACCUAUUUCAUCCUGAGCAUUAUAAACUCCUUUGCUCAGAGUUAUCACAAGAGAAAACAUAAAAGGGAGAAUGAGAACAAACUAGCCAAGGACUGAUGGAGUGUUCGUGAGGUGGUGCUGGAGUUGUGCACAAGAUCGAUCUGCACGAAAUGUGAUGUUUGGUGGAGAAUUUUGGUUUUGUGUAAUGAUCAAGGGUGAAAACAGGGCAAAGUUCAAAUAGUUUUAAAUAAACUUACAUUUUGUUCAAUUUGAGUAUACUGUAUAAGAUGUUGAUUAAAUGUAUUUGAGGAAUUGAAUAGUAAACGGUUAAAAUUUUAUAAAUAAUUCUAAAACUUUACAACAAAGUUUUGUGUAUCAGUUCAGUUGUAUAUCAGGAAUAUAAUUGGAGAAACACCUCACAAUAUCAUAAUUAAAGACAAACUUUGACUUUUGAUUAUGCUCAGAAUUAUCAUAAUAAAAUGGACUACCUCUUAAAAUUUCCCUUGUUUUCCACCAAACACUAGAGAUUAACACAUUGUUUUAUAUAAUAAGAGAAAUACGUGUCAGUAGUGUGUUAAAGCUGGAUAUCAUGCUGUAAAUGUCAGUGUGUCGUGCUAGACAAAACAUAAGGCGGGAUAUUCGAAAGGACGUUAUAAUGUGAGAAUGGAGCCUCUUGGUCAUAAAAUGAGAAGCCUCUUGUUUACAGUGUUGGUUCCUUUAGUUGAGUGUUGGAUAUUUUUACUAGAAUUGUUUUUGUAAUGUGAUUGAAAUAGUGUAUAUUGUAGUGUAUAUGGGUUCAGGGACAGUAAACAGUUCAUAUACAUGGUGUUAAUCUUAUACUUGGAAGAAGACCCAGUACAUGACAUUCUCUCACCUCAGUGAAAUUUGGUCUCUGGGAAGUGUGUGUGUUUCACGGUACUGCAUCUUACUUGAUCUCACAAAAUGAACAGAACUUGGAAAGUGGAAAUAAGGCGAGUCGUUCCAUCAAGUGUCAAUACAGCUGCUUGGUUUUUAGGAGGCACAUAACUAGUUCUGCUUCACCACAGAGUUAUGAAUCUCUUAGUCUUGUAAAUAGCCAUGUAAAGUUUACCAGUGAGACUUGUGAAUAUUUAUACAUUUUUUGUAUGCCAAAGAGAGCAGAAGUUUCGAAGUGUCACCCGAACAUGUCAUCACAUACAUUAUGCCAUACUUAGAAGCGGCAUUCAUGCACAGUGACAUUUGAGAUUUUGUAUCAGGUGUCAAAGUAAAGGCGUACUGGGACACGAGUUCAGCUUUGCUAAAAGCCACCGUCUUUCAUAUUUGCAGUAUGUGCUAAUUUAUAUACAAAGAUGAUAGCAAAAUUUGAAAUCGUCUCAAAAGGUUAUUUGGCUGUUGGCUAGUAACUGUUGUCCUCAUACUCUUUAUCAUCCUCUUUUUGCAGAUUAUGAAAUGUCAUUGAGAAUUUAUGCAUUUUUAGUUAUUUUAAUGACACGUUUGUGAUAUCUAAUUAUUGCCCAGUACUUUUGAUUUUUUAAACACUAUAAAGUACUCCUUAUUGAUUAGGGCCCUGAACAAUUCUAGCUAAAAUUAUUUAGUUAUAAUGAGUAUUCAUAUUAAUCGUGAUCAACAUUGGAAAUAAUGAUCAUGACUGUGGCUCCAGUGUCUGGAGGAUCCUUUGCACCCCAGUGUCUGGGGGAUCCUUAUGGUUCCUGUCUAGUGUUUGUAGGACCACUCUUCAGGGAAGAAAGAUCAAGGCUUUCUGAAAGAUAAAUGAGAGCUUAUGGGAAUAAUAAUUAUGAAUUUAAAUCACAAUUGAGACUUUUAGGCAAAAGAAAAUUAACCACUUGGGGAACUUAAAUAAAAAAUUUAAAAAGUUCCUAAAAAUAUGAACAGUGUGUGGGGUUGUUUGGAAGUCCGUUUAUGUUGUCAUGCUUUCAUCACUAUUUUGAAUAUAUUGUUGUUGAGACUAAAUAAUUACCCAAGAUAGUUAUAUUAAAACUAAAUUAAAAAUUUAUUUGAAACUUGAUACAGUGAAGUAAUGAACAUUCAUGUGUUGCAGUACAAACUCAUUUAAUGAUAUGUAAGUUGUUUUAGUUUAACUGCUCUAUUACGUUUUAAAAAAUAAAUAAAUUACUGAGAUGUAUAUAACCAGCUUUUGGGUGUUCAACAUUUUUCUUUUAUGUACUGUACUGUACUUAACUGUUCUGUAUUUCAUGAUAUUGGAAAGAAAACAAACAUGCUGGAAGAUUAUUGGUAAAGAAUAGAUGUACUGUAUAGUUCUCGAAGGUAAAAGUGAGGACUGUAUCUAAAAAGUUGUCAAUGGCAUUGAGUUAAAUGAAUUAUUUUUUUGUUUUUGCUUUACAAAAAAAAACCCUGGUUUAUUGAAAUGGUUAGUUUUGUUGUUAAUGAAUAGAAAAUAUGGCUUUUAAUUUUCGUUUAAAAUUGUUGCCAGAUGGGUCGUAUCAAGUAGAAUGUGGAAACAGACAUGGUUUACUGUAUUAUCAGAUGUUAACCUGCAGUGGGAAUUUAUUGGGUGUGCAAUUUAAAUAUUUGACUUCAAUAAUAGUGGAGAUAUUGUACUGUAGUAAGCGAUGUGCUGUGGAAUACGUAGCGUACUCAUGUAAUGACAGUAUUACUGUGUGCAGAUAAUUAACAAGUACCAUACUAUUGUAGAUUUAUAGCAAUCAAGGUAAAGUAAUUAUGAGGAGAAAGUGCUCAGCCAGUAUGACUAGUAAUAUUAAACAUUAUAGCAAUGAAGGUGUAUAAAAACUUGGUUGUGUGUACGACCACCUUGUUGGGUCUUGUACAUGGAAAAAACUGGUAUUGAAGCCAAGUUUAAUAUAAAAUAACUGAAGUAAAUUGUAGCAAAAACUAAAGUUUAUUUAAAUUUCUAGGGUACCUUAUGAAAUGUGCUAGAUGUAAAAGUUGGCAUGAUUUAAGAAAAUCGUAGGAGCAUUUGAAAUACCGGUAGUUGGUUUCUACCUGCAUUUUUGAGAUUGCCAGCCAAGUCACUGUAGGUACACAAUUCCAAAGCUGAUACAUUGUCCUUAGAGAUUUAUUUGCUAUAUAGAAGAAAAAAAUAUGAUGCAAGACAUAAGGUAUAUAAUAUUAUUAGCAGAAAUUUGAGGCAAUCAAGAAGUGAAUGCUUUACCCAAGUAUAAUUUCAGUUGUAUUUGAGAUAGCCUUUUAACAGUUGCUCAAAUCUUAUUAAUGUGCCGUUGUUGUGAUUUUGAAGAGGUGUGUUAUGAGUAUUGUGUUUAUGUAAAAUUUCAUCCUGUAUUUACAUAGAGUAAAUAUUGACUUGGAUAUAAGCAUUCUUUAACAGUAAGCCAGUUUUGGAAGCAAAAUUUUUUUUUUUAAUUAGGUGCUUUUAUGCAUGAUUAUUUAAAUCGGUGUUAUGAUAGCUUAUAAAUAAGAAACUAUUUCCAGUUUAUCAGAGAACUUCACGAUGUUUGACGUGAAGCUGCCGUGUGAUGACUUGUAGCUAUGGAACGUUUUACUGUGGAUAUUGGCCCAAGAAAAUUGAUCACUCCAUUUCCACCGUCCAGAAAAUAUCGGUAUCUACGGAAUCGAAAGCUGUACUCUUCUUCACAUGGGACUUUUGAAUGUUGGGAAAUUGUUUUCAUUAUAAUUAAAGUGAGGUACAAACUAA